GCCAUACUGUUAAUAUCUACAACUUCAGUGUGGUGGUGCGUUAGUGAUUGCGCGUAGUGUUAUUGUUUUGUGGAAAAAAUUGUGAAACCUAACUAAAUUCUACACAAUUUCUAGUAAAAAUCCUUAUAUAUUGUUUCUUUGAUCUCGAAUACUGAUAUUUUUUCCAGAAUAUGUCAUUCUUCAGCGUGGUGUUAUUGUUUGAUAUGAGCCUUGAGACGCAUCAAGCUGGCUGUGACGACGCAUGCCCGCUGUGAAAUAAUUUGUAGUUGUUUUCACGUAUUGGCCACAGCGAGGAGAAGGCGCCACGUGUGGGCCUGCGUACACCCGGGGGCGGGCGCUUUGCGCCGCCCCACAACUGCAUAUAUACCGGCCUGAUGUCGGUUUAUUGACAUCAAAACCUAAGAAUGAUGUAGAAUCGAAUCCUCGGAUCAUCGCGCCGGAUCCGUUCUCAUCAGACGAUUGUUUAGAUGUCUUUUCACCAGAUCAUCAGCUCCUACUGACUAGCUUUAUCUAUAAGGCGCAGCGCACACCAGGAGAGGCGCGGCGAAGAUACUUAACGCGGUGACUCCGAGCGCAGGCAAGAGCCACGGAGCUGCGCGUGGCGACUAUGAACGCGGCCUAGAGCCAAGGAGCGGGGAGCUGUGCGCCGAUUGUGUAUUGUUCCAUGAUUGACGACAUAUACACGAUGAAUACGGGUGAAGAUGAAUCAUCGUCUGGUUUAAAUGGAAGGCUGAGACCAAGGAAGUCUGUCGUAUCCAGCCCCCAAAAUAAUAAAAUUGUACGUAAAUCUGACGGCAAGUCCUCUCAGGAUAGACCGAAGCGAACGAGUACGCCGUUGAAAGCGUCUCCUAAACCAGAUGAUCUCCCUAACAAGUCUGACUCGUCCACUGCCCUGCAACUGCUUUGUCCAUACUGCGAUAGAAAAUUCGCUUCCAAACAAGCAGUAUCUAAACAUGUACGCCGCAUACAUUUUUCGAGUUCGAAACAGAACUUCGUCUUCGAAUGUCUCUUCUGUAAACAUGCUGCGCCAGAUUCCAACGAUAUUAUUAGACACAUGGUUGAUAGCCAUCCAAAUCAAUAUUUCGCUUGCCUGGACUGUCAUACACGUUUCAUUUCUACGUCAGAAUUGGCUGAACACAAACUUAAUGUUUGUGAGAAGCAAAAGAUGUCCUAUCGCAAUAAGUUGCGACAAAAAACAUCAUCGGGGACGAAGAAAAAUCAAAAGUCAAUCAAUAUUGACGCCAAAGACAUAAAGGACUACAGCAACCAAAACCGAUUUAAUGGGGUUGUAAUAUCCUGUGAGCUAAAACCUUCACAAGUAACUGACAAUGCAGAUAUUGAAGACAAUAUUACAACGAAUCUAAUUUUACCACCCAGCAAGAGUUUAGGUUCUAACGCCGAAAUAGAAAAGAAUGCCGUGAUCGUAUUGGAUGAUUUACAAUGGAACAAACGGAUGCCAGCUAACUUUUCUUUCCAUAAUACUGAUGCUGAUCAGAUACUUUCCAGACUAGGUGUAGUGCAUCGAUCUCCUCGUAAUAGUGAAUUUGCUAAGAAAGAUUGGUUUAAAACUAUAGAUGAAUCAACUCAGAAAUUCGAAAAGUGUUUUGAUACUGGAUUCUAUUCAAAAGUGGCCAGUAAUGUCCAAGAAAAUUUAAGCAAGUUUCUUGAUGGAUCUUUCAAUUUUAACCCAGAUGCCGAUAGUACUAUUAAAACGAGAAAAUUAAAAAAUAGUGUUGUCAUCAAUACUGCCGAAGGGUUUCCGAUUCUACUAGCUGGAGAUCAAUUUUCUCGAACCGCAUUUGAUGGGUAUAUUCCAAGAACAAUUGCACCCAAACAUAAGUGGAAAUGGGAUAAUGAAAAAAAUCCUAUGAAUCUGGCUGACAUAAAACGUGAUUCGCACGUUAACAAUUGCAUCAUAACUUUGGUGUCUAGUUUAGACAUCUGGACACAACUGUGCAUGAGGCGCAAAUUUGAAGACAAAUUCAGUAUUGUUCCACUGGAGAAAAAGACUGAAAAGCAAAAUGCAAUUAGCAAAGAAUUAAAAGAAAUUUUAGAAAGCAGAGAGAUACCAGCUACUUCAUCACACGUAGUCAAGUUGUCUUCGAAACCUAUGCCUUUUGGCGAUAGUCUAGACUUCCCAGCAUCGUUAGGAUUGCGACCGUCUGCGCCUUCGUAUGACCUACAGCCAGCGGUGCUGAGCGGGGAAUGGGUGCGACCCAGGUGCUACGUUUGUUGCGCCUGUGGUGCUCAGACUAGAGACUCACGUGCUCUUUCAUCGCAUAUAACCACACAUCACCCUAACGCCCAGGUGCAACAUUACGAAAUCGUGGGAGAGCUCCUUUUAAAUGCCGAUAUUUUGAAGCAUCUGUAUGUACCUCCGAGCUUGUUAAGCAAUAGAACUAGACCUUUGAGAGGAUUUCGAGAGUGCACUAAAUGUAAAAAAUCUAUCAGUUUAGAGGAUCUUCAUCAGCAUAUGUUAGAUUGUGCUGGUGAUACUCCAACAGUCCGUCGGAAAUGUCGAUAUCGCCCUUUCGGUGUGCGCAGAAGGCGCCCUCGAUUGCCUGACAAUACCAUACGAAAAAAGAUCCGAAAAGAUAUAAGAAGACAAACAAGGCAGACGAGACAGAAAACCCUUAUGCGGCCACGACCCAAAAUCCGCACUGAAGUUGGCGAUGCUGAAAGUAUUCGGAAGAUGAUAGCAGAUUUACCAGCUAAACGUCAUCGAGUUAUGGUAACACCUACAAACCCAAUAUUACGACCAAGAAAAAAAUUGGAUCAACAAAGAAACAAGCUAAUUUUAAAGAGACGUUCUACUGAAAUUUCUAAGACUCGUAAACAAAACGAUAAUAAUCGUAAUGUUGACAAUCGUGGUCGAUUAGUGGCAUCUCAUGAAGAUAACGAUGAUAAAUCUAACAAGGAUGAUGACGAAAAACCUUUGAAGCCUAGAUUAAAGAGGAUAAUGGCAAAAAAAACUAGACAAAAUGAGACAAUGAAACGAAAAGUGGCACUUAGCAGAGCUAAAAGAAGAGCUCAUCUUAAACAAGCAACAGUCACUGAAGUCACUGAACCGAGCAAUGUAGAGCAUCCGCCUUCAGAGACUGUCGCUGCUUCAGGAAGUACUGUGAUAGAGCAGUUAUCGGUGGGGAAUAAUACACCACAGAAAAUUGAUGUUAAUAAUAGUCCUUACAAUACUAGAGAGCAUUCGAGUCGCAAUAGAUCUAAUAAUAAUGACCAACAAAGACCAGGGCGCGGUGAACAGAAUGGAAAUAUAAAUGAUUCAUUCAUGCCUUCACCAAAUGAACCAUUAAAACAUUCUAUUGCUCGUCUAACUUCAGAUACAGAUAUGUAUGAUAAAUCAUUGCAACUCCAUCAUCAAAUGUUUUUGUUACAACAAGAGUGUAAUAGUUUUAGUCAACAUGUGCCUGUUGGACAACAACGAUUGUUCGAAAAUGAAGCGGUGGUUACUAAACUCGAUAAACCGCCUUUACAUUUCGAGCAAAGAGGGAUGUUGGAUCCUUUUGCGUUUCAACGAAAUAAACUUAAUAAACCGCGAAAAGGUUUGAAUGACUGUAUCGCUAUGUUAAAAAAUAAAUUAGUGGAACCAAUUCUCACGACUCAGACAUCCCAUUCAGUGGAGUCUGGCAGUGACGAUUCUCUGAUAUCUCAAUCAGCAACUGUUAACCAACCCCAUUCAGGUGCAGAUUUUCAGAUGCCAAUAAACACUAGGCCUGCUGAAAUAUUUUCUAGACAUAAUUUUAUACAAGAUAGAUUCUUGCAACUACGCAAUGAUAGUAAUUUGAUACAUCAAAGCUUCGCUGAUAUGCCUUUACAUUUUCUACCAGUCCAAACCCUCUAUGAACUACCACGUAGAGGUAACAAAAUAGAAAAAAAUAAACCACCAAAACAAAAGACACAUUCGGGAGCUAAACGAGAAUCCGCCCGAAGACGAUCUUCACGCUCUGAUAAAGAUAAUAUGCGUAAUAAGAGCUUCGUUUUGCCGCCACAUAUAGAGUUAAUACCCCAUAAUCCUAAUGAAACCUAUGCUGCGAAAGUAUCGCCGCCAUGUAAACUUGAUUCUGUACAUAUCCAAAAUAUAGAAAAUAAUGCAAAUGACAAAUAUAAACGCAAAACAAAUCAAUCUGGCGUUCCACCUGCUUUACGUCAGAAGAAAGGCCACGACUCUGCUCAAUUGUCUUUGGAAAUAAAAUCGCAGAGCGUGUCUAAAGAACUAUUAGAUAAAAGGCUUACUGAAGUGAACACACUAUCUCAUUUAAAACAUGCCAAGACUAGUGUGCAAUCUCCUAUCAAACAAAUAGAAUCUUCCGCUCAAUCUCAGGCAAAAAACAUUGACGCUUAUACAGAUGCUCAGCAUAAACAAUUUGACACUUUUUCUAAUCUUAAGGCGAGACAAACUGAUUCUUUUCUUCAACCGCAGAUUAAACAAACUGACUCCUAUAUCCAACCUCAGUUAAAACCUACUGACUCUUAUACGCCAUCGCAAAUGAAACAGGCCGAAACUAUUACACCAUCGCAAAUGAAACAGGUCGAUACUUAUACGCCAUCGCAUCUAAAACAGGUCGAAACUUAUGCGCCAGCACAACUAAAACAGGACGAAGUUUACACGAAAUCUCAGCUGAAACAAACUGAAUGUUAUCCACAAUCUCAGUCAUCAAAAACGCAACAGCCUAUGGCAUAUACAGAAACAAAUUUUAAUAAAAAUAUGACAGAAUCUUUUCACGAGCCUGAAGUACCAAGAUUAAUAAUGAGUCAUGAAAUAUAUCCUGAAACUAACUUUAAUUCUGUAGAAAUGUCUCUUAUUCGAACAAAUUCGGAUUCAAGUAAUUUAGAUGCUGUUCUGCCUGUACCUUUAGAUCUUACUGUAAAUAUUACUGAUAAUUCACAAACAUCUAAACAAAAUAGUUCAUAUGAUUUAAAUGAUUAUGACAGCUAUGAAACUUUAGACCUGUCAAAUAAAAGUACUGAAAUCGUUGGAGAGGAUCUCGUCGUAGAUGAUGUUAAUGAUGGUAUAGUUGAUUUAAGAGUAAAAAGCUGUGAAAAGUCUCAAGAAGAAUUAGAGUUGUCUGGUAAAAACAGUGCAAUGGAAAGUGCAACUGAUUUGACUAUCAAGACUUUGGAAAUGGACAAUGUACCUACUGACUUGACUGUGAAAAAGAAAACUGAUGUUUAUGAAUAUGAUUACAACUGUGUGCAGGACCUAUCUAAACAUAGUAUUAAUAAUUGCGAUAAAUCGGAUAAGAUCUUGACUAUUAUAGAAGAUAAUUUAGAUCAAGAUAUACCUACUGACUUAUCUGGGAAAAAGCCUGUAGAAGUUUCAUCAAAUUUAACAAUGAUUUCUAAGAUAUCUUGUAAUACAAAGGAUCCACUUUCUAUCAAUGAAAAAACAAACAAUACUGGCCCAGCAGAUUUAUCAGGAAGGAAAGAAUUAGAUAAGCAAGUAAAUCACCAGGAAAAAUCAAUCAGACAAGAUGAAGCACUAAUUGCAGCUGAAAACUCUGAAUUGGAAAUAGAUGUUGAAAAAAGCCAAGAUAGCUAUGAUUUGAAUGAAAUGCACUCAUAUAACCUUAAAGGGCAAGAACAUUAUAAAACUAUCGAUUUACAAGCAUAUACCGGUACCGAUGCUCUUUUUGUGACAAAUAAGCGGUUCGAUAUUCCCAUAACCGAUUCACUUUAUGUUAAAGAUCCUACAAUAACAACAGCUUCUGAGAUGUUUGAUGUCGAUGUCAUUCAAACCGGCAGUAGUGACAAUACAUCAGCUAAAACUAAUGUGAAGAACUUUACUCAGCCACAUGAAAAUUCUGAGAGUCCUUCUAUAUGUCUUUCAGAUACCCCUAUUCCUUUAUAUACGAUGUCAAACACAACUCCGAUAUCAAGUAGUAAAUAUGAGAGUACUAUGCCAGUGUAUACCUUAGCUAAUGCUUGUAUAUCUAUGAGCAAAGUAGAACCUACUAGUAGGGUAUCAAACAUGGAUCUGUCUUUUAGAUUUCCCGAAAAAGCUACUGAUAAUAAUGCACAAAAUUGCACAUUACUUGAUGCUUCCGACAGACAAGACAACUAUUCUACUCUUAAAGAUAGUAAUCAACACCAAAAGACACCUUUAACAAAAUCAACUGAGCCCUCAAAAAAAGCCGUAAACUGCGAGGAAGGAAACACAGAAGCUCAAAAUACUAUUUCACAUAUUAUUUCAACACCUGUUUCUUUAACAAGUACAGUUGACUCACAAGCUAAAGCGAAUAUAUUAUCUUCACAAGGUAUUGAAACUGACCCUGAAACCGCCAAAAAAAUAGCAUUAUUGCCAAAAGAACUAGUUGAAAUAUUAGGUACAAUGCCAGAAGAUCAUAGAAAUCAAUUGCUGAAUGUGCUUCCACAUUACGUCUCAAAAUCUCCUUCUCCCGUAGUACAGCCUAAAGACAGCUCUGUGGCGCCAGUAUCUUUAUGCACAGCUGUAGAGACGUCUACUCUUACAUGUCAAAGUAGCGUUUCAUCUCAUUUUACAGACGUUGAACAGACACGUAACGAUGAUACAAAACCGUUUGCUCAUAAAUAUGAGAAGCAUGAAAUACCUGCAGUUGAAUUUGAGAUAUAUAAUGCUAUCGUUUCCAAAGCGCCUGAAAAAGAUCGAAAUCGUAUUAUAGACUUAACAGAAGAUGAACCUCCUUUUGACACUAAGGUAAAAAAAAAUACAGAAGAGUGCAAUAGUAACAUCAGCAUUUCUUCUGAACCGCCAGUGAUAAAAAGUAGCAGCAAACCGAAAGUUAACGAUCAAACUGCUAGUUUAAGGGCAGUUCGAAUCAAAACUCCGUCGGAAAGGAAUAAAUCAAUGAGCAUGGAAAACCAAUUGCAAAAGGCAAAUCAAAUUAAAAUUAAUGUUCAAAAUAGUCAGGAUUUACAACCUGCUAUAGAAAAAUCCUCGGACAUUGAUAAAACAAUGGCUAUCCAACAAGCAGAAGUGAGCAGUACCCAACACAAUACCACGAGUUCGGGUAAAUAUCCUCUUGCAAUCUCACCUGCUAGCACUGAAUCCAGCAGCGACGAAGCUAGUAAAAAUAUUAUUCAGAAAAUGCCAGUAAUAGCAGUGAGUGCUGUGACCGAUAAAAUGGAAGAACAAGUGUAUAACAUUCCAGUACCCAAAACUAGUAAUGUGUCAUCAUCUGUUUCUACUAAAGAAAGUAACGAAUUUCAUACUGGAACUCUACUCAACACUGAUAAGAAGAAUGAUUCUUUGCUCGUUUCUCCUAUUGAAUGUGAACCACAAUUAAGUUCAACAAAUAAAGCAUUUAAGUUAAUUGCAGAUAAAUCGACAGACGGCAAUAUUUUAACCGAAACUGAAAAAACUAAUUUAAAACGAGAUUUAAAAAUAUUAGAGCCCGAUGAUUCUGAAGACGAUAUUUCUCUAGCAACUAUAGUAAAACAAAAACAGCUAGACCAAAAGAAAACUGAAGAGUUAAUCGAAAAACAAGACACUGGAUGUGGCAGUAAAAAGAAACGAUUUAAGAAAACUAAAAGAUGUAGGCGGAGAGUAUCAAUAAGGACUGCAGAUGUAAGUACUUCUAAUAAAACUAUAGAAGUGCAGUCAAAUAGAACAAGUUCCUUAAACAUUGAAAUUAAUACUGAAUCCCAAUUAUUAUGCCGUGAAAAUUGUGUUACAAAUCAAGAAACAAAAAUAGAAACAGCAAUAGUAGUUUCUAAAGAGCAAGAAGAGUUGGGUUCUAAUUCACAAAAGAGUGAAACAGGUGAUAUACAUUCUAAAAGUCUGCCAGAAUGUGAUAUAAAAUGUGAUGAAACAAAACGUGUAAACAACAGAAAUAAUGAAAGUGCCCCGCAUGAUCAAAAAACUAGUAAGCCAUUUGAAAAUAUACCUUCCCAGGAAAUAUAUUUGACAAACAUUACGGAUGAACCGUGUGAAAGUAACAAAGAAGUUAUGAAAGAUGGAAAAAUAACUUCUGAUACUCUAAAGAAGAAAGGUAAGAGUAAGAAGAAGAUUAUAAAAUCUAAUCUUACUAUAAAGUUAAAUAAAAUAGAAAGUAUAACGUCAGUAUCACUAGAUGUACUAACAAACGAAAGAAAUAAAUUACAAACCCCAGUGCAAGUUGAUGCUACCACAAGUAUUGAAACUGGAGAUUGUGUACAAGGUGUAGAAAAAUUGGAUGCCAAACGAAGCUCUAAAACAAAUGAUAAUGUAACAACAUCAACUGCACUUACUUCGAAUAUGAUGGACGAUGUAAGUGAUGCACCGCUAGAUGUUGCACAGAACGUACAUGAUAAUUUCACCGAAGCAUCCACUGAGUUACGAAAAGAUAAAGAUUUAAAUGUGAAAAAAAAUAAAUCGGUUGAAAUCCAUAUCAACCAAGAUGAACAUUUUGUAGAGAACACAGAUUCAAAAGUUAAUUUUGUUAAACCACUUCGCCGAAGUAGACGUGGUAAAUCUUUGUUUAUGGAAAGUACAGUUCUCGAGAAAGACACAUUAAGUAGCUCAGAAUUGUCUAACGAACAAAAGACGCCUCUUACUAAAAAGCAACUAAUAUUUUCCAAAUUGCUCCUCGAUGAAGGAAAACCGGAAACUCAUCUUUCGGGUUUGAAUGAAGUAGACAUGUGUAAAGAUAAAGAUUUUCUAACAAACGAAGUCGUUCCUGAUUCGAAUAACAAGGAUAUUUCCAAUACAGAAAUCCACAACAUCAAAGAUACGCUUGAAAGAAACAAAGCUACUAAACGUAGAUUUUCUCCCAAUUGUUCCAAGAAAUCAAAGAAAAAGAAAUCAAUUGAUGAUUGUCAAAGUGACAUUAAUGACUCAAUUGAAACGGAGACUUGUAAUAAUUCUAAUCUUGUAGAUUCAGUAUCAGAUUUAAAUUCAAGUUGUACUGAAAGCACACUAUUGUCAUCAAAGGACAUAAAAGAAAGUGAAAACACUGUGAAAGAAAAAGAGAGCACAGAGAAAAAUAUUUCUGAUGAGCUCGUCGUGAAUUCUAGCGAAGAUGUUAGUGGCUGUAGCAAAAAUAGUGAAAAAUCACCACUUUCCACAGAAAAACGUAAAAUAAGUAAUGAACUGUCAUUUGAUAUCAUUCGGAGCUCGAGACCGAAAAAAAGUAAAACCACAAAAUCAGAUAAACUCCAUGAAGCUCCUGUGGUAAAAGUUGUUGAACAGCCUGGUAAUAAAGAUAUUAAAACAGACGAUUUUGUUGAUGGACCUAUACCAGGAUCUCGUACGGCUUGUUAUAACAUACCCGUUCCAGCUCGGAGGGGUCGUUCAAAAUCUGUUGUUGUGAAGUCAUCAAGUACUGAUUUAUAUGACCCUUAUGACAUUGAUUUGGAGGAUAUGAUUGAACAACACGAAUAUUUUAGAAGGAAAAAGAAGAGCUCAGAGCCGAAACCCAAUACUAGUCAAAAGAAAUGUAAGCCAUGUUCUGUUGUAGCAAAAGAAAUCAGUAAAUCACCACCAGAAAAAGAGAGUUCUAAAGAAGUGGUUCAUUGUGAAGAUCAAAAUAAGUCACCAAUGAGUGAUUCUGACGAGUCGUCUAAAAGUGAUGUACCAUUGCAGAAAUACAUAGCAGAAAGGGAAAAGAAAAACAAUGAAUCUGAAGCAAGCUCAUUUCAAAAGAAAAGCGAAUGUGAAAAACCGAGUGAUUAUCAAAUUAAUGAAGGCUCAAAAGUGAAUAAAAGUAUUGAGCUUGGUUCCGGUGAUGCAAUUACUGAAAAUGAAGCAGAAGAGACAUUACGUUCUGAACAAUUUAUGGAGAGUUUUGGUUUCUUUUCUGAAAGGAAACCCAGAAAAUCGAAUUUAUUAGCGACUAAGAAAAUAUCAGAGACUUUCCACAUUAACAACGAAAGCGAUGACUUGUACUUUGGAUUCAAAGAACGAUCAGCGAAAAAGAAUCUGCAAAGUGAUAAAGAUAAUAAAAAGUCCAAUGACAGUGAAGUGUCCAACACAAAUUUAUCCAAGAAAGCUGCUAAACGUGGACGCAAGAAAAAGAGUUGCACUAAAAUAUUACCUUCUUAUUGCAGCGUCUGCAAAAAAGAAUUCCGCAGACCUGAUAACUAUCUUAGACAUCAAAUGACUUUAUUACAUAUAUCAAAAUUGUCCGAAGUAGAAAUGAAAGUAAAAACUGCUCCUGUUCACGAAGAACCUAACUAUUUAAUGGCUUAUAAACAAUAUUUAGAAAGAUUUCAAAAAUUAACUGACAAGUUGUCCAAAUUAAAAAAGAAAAAUCCUAAGGCAGCUGCGAAAAUUGUAUUACCAACUAUGCAAGAAAUUCUUUCUGAUGUAAAUCGUGCGGUAAGAGAGCAACAACUAUCUCAACGUGGACUAAGUCGCGACGAAGAAUUAUUCAUAGACUGCUGUGAACUUCUCAAAGAAUCGCAUAAUGUCGACAAACCUAACAUGAGCGGUACUACUAAUCCUUCUAUGUCAGGAUUAGAUAUUUUAGAAAACGCUAUAAACACAAGCUUUUCCAACGAGUGUGAAAGUGAUGAUGAUGUCGAUUCGAUUACAGCUCAAAAUAUUUUAGACAGUGAAGAAGUUCGUAACCUUGAAAAUGAUUUAAUAUCUGGACUUAAAGAGGCUGCUAAUGCCACACGAAAAUCUUGUAAUAUUGACUAUCAAACUCCUGGUAAAUUAAUAACAGAAUCAGUUAGUCACGUUCAUAAUUUUGCAAGUUCAAGUGAAACUGAGUCGAACUAUCAAAUGGUAGGUUUCGAUAUGCCCGAAAAACAGAAAAGUAAUAAAACUAAAAAACAUUGCACUAGCACAGAAUUUAUUCAGAUUAAAGAAAAAAUGUAUCCAGAUGUCAUUGAAGACAUAGAUAUGUUUGAAGAUAAAUUUGAUAAAAUCAAAAGGAAAUGCAGAUCUCAAGCUGCUGCUGCAAAACAAACACCACCAAUUGUUGAAAAAAGUGCCAGCCAAAAGAUACGCCGAAAAUCGGAAAAGAGGAAAGGAAAACGAAGCUCGAAAAAGACUAAACAUCAAAGUACACAAGUACCUACUAAAGGUGCUUUGAAAGGUUUUGACGGUAUUAAAGUUUCAAUUCCGACAUCAGAUAUUAAUUUGCCAUCUUUGGUACCUGUCGCGGAGAGUUCUCCCAAAAAGAAAAAGAAAAACAGCUCAAAGAAAAAGAGAGAUAAAAAAGAUUCUGAGUCAAGUGGCAAAUAUGAUAGUGAUCACCGUGGUAAAGAUAGCACUGUGGGUCACAGUAAAAAGUUGGAUGUGUAUGAAUUCAUGGAUAACGAAGAUGCUGAGUUAUUUGAAUUCAGACCAUCAACACUCAUGGAGAGAUUUAAAAGUAUGAGCAACAAAGAAAUGCCAAGUACUUCUAAAUUAACAUCAGCAGCAUUAGAAGAAAAUUCCAGUGAGAGUGGAUCGGACGGUGAUGAUUUCGUGUACAUGUCUGACGAUUAUGUAUGUAGUGACGAUGAAACUGAAAAUAGUUUGCUGUCCUGUGACAAUGCAAAUGUAAAACUGAGCAUUGAUAUCAAGAAGAAUGUGUCACCGCAAAAGAGAAAGGAUGUUGUUGAAAAAAAUGCUGUAAUGGGCAAAAUAUUCAAACAUAAUGCAGUAAGGUCAGAAAAGAAAAUUACAGCACCCAAAGAAUCAAUUAAGCCUAAAGCAAAUCUUGACCAAUUGUUUGAUAGUUUACUUGAAGAAGAACCUAGCACAUCAAUGUUGAACAAUGAGUUAAAUUCACCCAAAAAAGAUGAAAAUCUGUCUUUGAAGAAACAUACCACUACCACUUUAGAAUAUGAUUCCAAUUCAGCUAAUGAUUUUGAUAGCUCAGAUGAUGAUAAUGUUUCAUCUUCAAAGAUAUUCGACCCUAAUUUGCCAGAUAAACCUGAAUACAUUGCAGCAUCAACAUCAAAGAGACGUACAUCCUCAACGUCUUCCAAAGAAUGUAUUAAAGAUCCUCAAAAAGUUGAGUCUUUAUCAAAGAAAUACACUACAGAAAUUGAGUAUAAAUCUGCAAUAGACAGUGGUAUUAUUUCCACUUUAGACUAUGAUUCAAAUUCUUCUAAGAAAUAUGAUAGCCAGCUGGAUACAGAGAAAGACUAUAAGAGUGAUUUGUCACCAACGAUAUAUGAAUCAGUUUCUGUUAAGAAAAACGAGCAAUCGCUUGAUAAACACUGUGAGGUAAAACUGUCAAAACAAAAUGAGGCGUCAACAUCUAAGCAUGACGAAUUAGUUAAGUCAUAUGAUGAUUCCAAACUAUCAAGUAAAAAAUCUGAUCAAUUUGUUAGCACGAGCCACGAACACGCCGAGGACGUUUACGAUGAAACUGGUGUAGCAAGGCAAAGAGCACGGCGAAAGUGCACCGUCGGAAAGCAGAAUGUCUUAGCAGAAUCGUGGAGUUCUGAGUCCGAACCGGACGGUGGGCCGCCCAGGCCCAAUAGUGCCGAAUCUGUGGUAGCAGUUUCUGGACGCAGGAAGAAGGGUAGGAAAAAGGACGGACAGCAGGCUGGUGGAAGGCGCGGUAAUAGUCGCCAACUGGCAUUCAAAAGGUACGAUAUAGAAAGCAGGGUUAAUAGUAGUAAUCGCAGUAGAUCAAGUGAUGGCACGGGGAGCGGGCAUAGCAAUACAGCCGACGAUGGGGCUAGACCGGGGCUGAGCGGUAUAGGUAAAGGUAGUAUCGUGGCAUCACCGAGUAGUUCGGUGGCGGUUGCAUCGGCAUCGGCAGCGGAGGCGGCAGCCGCGGCGGCGGCGGCGAUGCCCGCGCCGUCCACUUCGCAAGCGCCGGGCGCAGCCGGCCAGAAGGGCCGCCCACGCUCCGUCGCCUACUACUGGUCCUCGGAGGGCGACGACGAACAGGAGCACCAGCAGCAGCACGGGUGGAUCGUAGGCGACAGCCAUAAAAAAUUAGUAACGAUGUUAGCGCACGCGAAGGGCCGCAAGCGCAACAGUGACGAUAAGCGUCAUUUGGUCGAGUGAGUUAUAGAUAGCUGUUUAGGUUAAUGAUAUUGUUGUAAAUAUAUUGUACAUAGCUCUUUGUAAUGUUUCUUGAAUUACUACAGGAAACGUUUUAGCAUUAUUACCUUUGUACAUAUGUCUUUAUAUCUUAGUUAAAUUAUGAAUGGUACUGUGAGGACUGGAUUUAUUUAAUGAAUAUUAUAACAGCCCUUGCAGUAUAUUACCUGAAUCUUUAGAAUAAAAAAUAUUUUUACCGGAUUAUUAUGAAAAAUUCUGUCGAUGUUUCGAGUCCUCUUUUAUUGAACUAUUUUAUGGUUAAUUGUCUACUUUAAUAAAUAUAUUAAAUAUGACAUUUGGACGGGGUACAUUGAAUGUACAUGUUACAAGGUAUAUAGCUGAUAACAGUUUUUAAUAUUUACAUAGUAAUGGAUGUCAGGAAAACUGAUUUUUUUUUGUCAUAUAAUCCAGUUGUCGUUGUACCACCAAUGUUAUUCGUAUUGAUGUACUAUUUCAACACUAUUACUAUGGACGCUGUUACAAUGGACUGAACAAUUUCUUUUCCAUUCUAAUUUACCAUUGCUUAUACAAGAUAGUCCAAAUUCUAUGUGUUAUAGCCGUUUACUGUAAGUGCAUCUUAGUGUUACCGAAAUAUAUUCGUAAUUAUUGUCAUUGUUAUAGGCGCUCUCUUACUGCUACAUUUAAAGUGGCAUUUUCAAUGUGUACAUAAAGUGAGGUGUUAUUUUUAUUUUACAGUUCCUUCAAGCUUGCGAAUUUAAUGUCAGUUUGGCCCCGUCAUUCGAUGUUCAAAAUAUUUCGUUAGUGUAUACAAUUUUAUCGAGGACUAUUAUUAUAUCGUCAAAGUAUGAAAUAAUGGCAUAAUAAGAUAAUUAUAAAUAAUAUAAAUGUAUUUUAUUUGGAAAAUUUAUAGUAACUUUAAUGAACAUACCCCGUAACACCAUUAAGGUGAUUUUCACAGAAGAUGAAUUUACUACAUACUUAAUAAAAAACUGUAUUGAUAGUGUCAGGUCGUUUGGAUUCAUUUGGUAGGGCCAUAUAAAAGAAUUUAUGAUUUCGAAAGCUUCCAUUGAAUAUAAUAGUUUUCAAAAAUGAGAUUUAUAUGUUUGCUUGUUGGGGUGAUAUUGUUUCGAUAUUUUAUUUGAAAUGGGCUGAUUGACUUCUGUAAGGUCUAUGUUUGAUACUGUCUGUAAGAGGCUGAUAAAGUGGUAGGAGUGAAUAUUUGUGUAUUUUUGAGUUGGUUCAUUUGUUAACUAUUUUUAUACUUACAUUAGAUUUUGCGUACGUAGGAAAUAUUAAUUAACAUUAUAAUUAUGAAAUCUCAAUGCAUUAGCUAUUGUUUAUUUCUAGUCCAGAAAAAGAAAAGACUAAAAACCUCAUUAUCAGCCUCGGUACUAUGUGAUUUAUCAAAUAUUUUAAAGAAGACUUAUUAUUUUCUAAAUGUACACAGGUAGAUUCGUUAACUUGUGUCUUAUAAUUUAAUUUGUUUAUAUUUUAAAUAAAUUACGAUUAAAGCUCAAUGUUAUAGCACGAAUUUCAUUUAUAUGUCACUUGUUAGUGUUAGAGAAGAACAGGUGUUGAUUAGAUAAUGAGGGAACGUACUUUUGGCAGCUUUAUUCCAAAAAGUUUAAUUUUUAGAUCGAUUUGAGUCUUAUCUGAAGCCGGAGUGCGAGUAGUGCCUCGAUUUAACUUUACUAUCGCGUUGGUGUUUACGUCGAAAUUAGUAUGAAGAAAAUAACUUCAUUGACGUACCACCAGACGGCAU